AUGUCUUCCCGACUACGGCAACGCUCGUCCGCAAACACAGCGACUCAGGCGGGGGCGUCGUCUUCUAGGUUGCCGUUGCGUUCAUCAAACGACCGUGCAACACGACAUGCAUCUCUACGAACUUAUGCGGAAGUCAGCGAGAGCGAGGAAGAGGAGGAGUACUACGAGGAAGACGAGCAUGAACAUGAGCGCGAGCAAGAUUCCGACGACGCCUUCGCAGACAGUGACAGUGGCGAUGGCGUGGGCGAACCUGACGACAGGAAUUUCACGGCCCGGCUGCCGUCGAAACGUCAACGCCUAGACGAUGCGUCCAUUCCCGACAACAGCCCCUCGAAACGCCGACGCCAACCACAGCGCAGGGCAACAGCUGAAUUUCUCGUUGGAGACGACGCCUAUCUCUCGCCGUCGUCCGAUGGCGCACCGCGGAGACGACAGAAGCCGCGCACGGUAGCUUCAUCUUCGUCCGCUCCUGCACAUUCUGCAGCACCUACGGCGUCUACGCCCUCCCCACGACGAAAGAGACGAGUUGCACAUGAUGCCAACAGGAAAAACCGCGGCGGAAAGUCGACACCAACGAAGGCUGGAAGGCAGGUCGUGAUUCAUAUCGAUGAUAAGAAGAGUGCGGGUGGAAAAGGUGACGGUGUUCGCACACCAACCAUGCGGGCUUUGUCGCCGCCACGCACCAACAGGCCACCAUGGUCCACGCUGCCAUACUUGGUUUUAUCGAGCAUAUUUUCCUAUGGCGCUGCGCCGCUCGACAACAUUACGUCGGUGCGAUGGCUUCUGGCUGCUAGUCGUACAUGCCGAGGGUUCACAGAGCCCGCUCUGCGAGCCCUGUACGAAAGCCCACCAAUGCUCACGAUGAAUAUGGCGCACAACUUGGUCGACCAUUUGGCCAAAGACCCGUCUACGACGCUUUUUGACUACCGUCAAAAAGUGAAGGCGCUCAAAAUCGAUGUUGGGUCGUUGGCGAGCCGCGUUUACAAGGUUCAGCCUGCUAUUACCAAUACCACUGUGGACAGCGGCGGACAUGGCGACCCACAGGAAGAAGGCAGCAGUGCGAGUAUGGCCCCUCUUGCCCAGGCUGCCGUUCCCACCGCUAUUAGGUUGAAGAGCUGGCGGUGGAACCAGCGUCUUAUGGGUCGUGACCUCGAUUUAGACCGAGUGCGGACACUGCACUUGUCGCCAACUUUUGCGGGGUUGUGCAAGAUUAGCCUCGUCAACUACCAACGGCCGUCCCUGAAUGCGAGGAAUGCCGAGGACCCGGAAGUCAUUGAGGCGGAUCGGCAACAGGCAGUGGACUUUGCGGGACUGCUCAAUGCGCUGCCCAACCUGACCCACCUUGCUGUGGAGUCAUCGACGGCAGCGAACGACCUAAUCCUCCCGCUGCUUCCCAAGACGCUGCAGCAUCUCGAGCUGGUCAACUGCUGGGACGUGACGGCGGAUCAAUUUGCCGAGUACCUAGUGACACACGGUCAGGAGCUACGACAGCUGACGCUGCACUACAACCAGUCGCUCAGCCUGUCUUUUUUGUCGGUUCUGGGCACUGCAUGCCCGCAGCUGCAAGCGCUGCGUAUGAACCUGACGUACUACAGUCACCAUGCAUUUUACAACGACUCGAAUCCAAUGUAUGACACCCUGCUGACGGCUGACGAAGUACCGGCCUGGCCGACUAGCAUUGAAGUGAUUGAACUUGAGCAUUUGCGGAAAUGGGAACCUGCUGCGGCCGAGGUCUUCUUCCAGUCGCUCGUUGAUAGUGCACCACACGUACCACAGCUGCGUGUCCUUGCCAUCAAGGCCAUGUUGGACAUCCCCUGGAGACAGCGAUGUGAAAUGCGAGACCGGUGGGAGGCGACACUGGAUCGUGUGUUCAAGCGACGUACGACUGCGCCAGAGCCGGCCAGCUCACUGGCGUAUUAUGCCAAGUCGCAGAAGCAUAUAUCGCCACGGUCCAAGGCGAAGGCACGGCAUAGCGACGCGGAGCCUUCGCGGCGCAGCCACCGGAUUGCCACUCAUGUGUCCAACCCGUCGUCGCGUGCUAGUAGCACAACACGGGGCCUGCGCCACAUGGCACCAACCAGCAGAAUGUCAUACCGCGAGCCGGACACGGACGAGGACAUUCCGUCAAGCGAUGAAGACGAAGACGAGGAUGAAAAUGUUGGCAAGCAUACCCGGGAUGAGAAAGGUAAAGGUGUCGAGCAAGCUAGUCGUGAAAAUAGUGACCACGAAAGCGACAAGAUGGACAUCAGCGAUGGUGAGGGAUCAUCUUCCGGUUUCAAGCGCACCCGACCCUUUGUACAUGGCAUGUGCGAUGUAGUCGAUAUCCGCAUCGACAACCAGAAGCCCGGCGAGAUUCAAUACCGCAUGGUGGACUUUCUGGACAGUGACGAUUCUAAUUCAGACGACGAGUGGACGGGGGACGGACCCGAGGCCAACGACUACGCGUGGUGA